AUGGUGUUUAAGAAGAGGGCAAAUAAUGGAUUCACUGGCUUUCAAGUUCCCGUUAUUCCUCGAGCUCCUAGAUCUGCAAGACGGAGGGGUCCAUUGAAAAAAACGGUUGACGAUGGUCAAGUUUGUGCGUUUGAAAUAUUGGCAUCUAUAGCUGGGAAGCUAUUGGAGGAGGGUGAAAGUUCGGCGUCCAGCAAUGCUUCAGGAGGAAAUAGCCAGGGCGUCAUUGUGGAAAAUCGACAAGAUGAAGUUAAACCAUCGAUAACGGAGGGGAUUCACCAGGGAAGCUGUACAGAGAGUAUUUUCACAACGGAGGUAGCCUCGCAAAACCGUGAUCAAAAACCUAUUCUGCACGCCAAGUCCGAUUUUUCAUUGGAAAAAGGUGAAAAAGCUAAUGUGAAGACCGAAACUGUUGAAUCGGAUGAUAAAUAUAUGAGUUAUACUAAUAGAUUAGUAGUAGAAGCACCUGAAAAUUUCAGGGAGUCUUAUAACAGGAAAAUAAAGAAAGGAUUCAGAUCCGAUAAAUUUGGUUUGAAAGACCGGUUAGAAUUGUACAUGUCUCCUUCUCUGGUCGACUCGAAAGUUAAUGUAAAAUAUCCAUUUCAUAGGAAGCCAUUUCCCACUAAUUCCUUUACCAAGGAUGGGAAUGACAUUAAGUUAGAUUUUAGAGAUGAUGACGAAAACUUUAUAAGGUGUACAAAGGUUUGCGCCAAGUCGAAGACUUUUAGGUCUCCGCGACGUAUGGCACACCGCAGAAUCAAGAAUCUGCUGUCUUCUAAAUACUGGAACGUUGCUCCCAAAUUGAAGGACUGUGAACUUUCUAGAUCUGAUCUAGAAGUACCUCUUUAUCGGAAGAGGAAGACUUCGAACGGAUCCGACAAAUCUCGCCACAACACUAUUGUUAAGAGGAGGAAAUUCUUUGACCGGGUUUCUGGAGUAACUUCUGAUGGGGGAUUCAGCAGUGAGAGUGUAUCUAACUCGCCCGAGAAAGGAAAUGACGGACACAAGCCUAGCUCUUCUGCAAAAAUACAAGUAACCGAGGAAUCUCGUGUGAAGUUUAGCAUCAAAUCAUUUAGAAUACCGGAGCUUUACAUUGAGGUUCCUGAAACUGCAACCGUCGGUUCACUGAAGAGGACAGUCAUGGAGGCGGUAAUGGCUAUAAUCGAAGGUGGUAUGCAUGUUGGUGUUCUUCUUCAGGGCGAAGCAAUCGGAGAUGACAAUAGAACACUUGAGCAGACAGGUUUAUCUUGCAAUGAGAAUCUCGAUACCCUUAGCUUCAUGUUGGAGCCUAGUUCAAUACUAGCUUCUCCAGUUUCUUGUAUCGGCGAUCCUUCCUCUCAAUGCGAUACAUCCGAACCUACCAGGUCUCCAGAAACUCUUGCAUUAGAUUCAGGGAUAACCGAUACCAUACAUGACUCCAAUUUGCCGAUAGUUCCAGGCAACCUAGUGGAAAAUAACCAUGAUUCUGCUUAUUCUCCCGUUGACACCAUAGUUGACAAGAUAACACCAGAUUCCAAAGCGAUAGUUGCUCUUCCGGCCAAUAACGAAGCAUUAGCUGUGGUACCACUGAGUCAGAAAAUCAAGCGCUCUGAGUUUGCACAUCGUCGAACUAGAAGACCAUUCUCUGUGACUGAGGUAGAAGCACUUGUUCAUGCAGUUGAAGAACUAGGGACUGGAAGGUGGCGUGAUGUUAAGUUGCGAGCUUUUGAUAAUGCAGAUCAUAGAACUUAUGUUGACUUAAAGGAUAAAUGGAAAACACUAGUGCACACUGCAAAAAUCUCCCCACAACAAAGGAGAGGAGAGCCAGUACCUCAGGAGUUGUUGGACAGGGUUUUAGGAGCACAUGCUUAUUGGUCCCAGCACCAAAUCAAGCAACAUGGGAAACAUCAAAGUGGAACAUUGAAGAUUACAGAAGCUUCAGCUGAAAGGGUGUCGAUUCAGGUGUAG